AUGAAUUUAACCGAACUUCAAAGUAAUCUCAAAUAUUCGUAUCAGAACAAUUUGUUCUCUGAUGUUUCAUUUAGUUUCGGUGACGAUAAUUUGUAUGGUCAUAAAACAGUACUCUCUGCCAGAUCACCCGUGUUUAAGAAGAUGUUCGAACAAAAUAUGAAAGAAAAAAAUUUAAGCAAUGUCACGAUUACUGAUAUUGAGAAAUCCGUUUUUGAUGUUUUUCUUAUUUUUCUCUACACAGGAGUAAUUGAGAACAGAGAAUUCGAUACUGUCGUGUCAUUGUAUUCGACUGCUGACAAGUAUGAAGUGACCACUCUUUUCAAAACUUGCAGUAACAUUCUCGCAUCUUAUAUCGCCAACAAAACUGUUUCAGUCAUUUUGAAGUUGGCAGAUAUGCACAAUGAUAAUGCUUUGAAAGAAAAAGCCAUCCAAUUUAUAUGUGAGAGUUUUACUCAAAUUGAAAGUACUUGUGAAUGGAAUAAUUUGUUAGAUACGGAUCCUCGUUUGGCUUCACAUACUUUAAAGAUGGUUUCAUCUCAUGUUGCUGCCAAAGAAAGAAGCAUAUCCUAG